AGAAGGGACAUUUAAUAACGAGCAUUAUAACUUCACUACCACAUCUCAAAGUAAGCAAAUAGAUGGACUUCAACCACAAACACCAUACAACUGCUUCGUGUUUUCAUCUAACCAAGCUGGAUUUGGAACCAAAAGUAUUGUCAAGACCAUUACGACGCUGGUGCAGCCGCCAGGUGGUGUAGUUGUGACCGCAAACGGGAGAAACGCUGCGCAAGUAUCAUGGAACUCUGUACAAGGAGUGCUGUUGUAUCAAGUUAAAAUUACGGAUAACGACGACUCAGCAGCAACACCUGUCAUUCACGAAACGAGCACAAGCAGUCUGGAAAUUACAAAUCUUAAGCCAUGCACUUCAUACACCAUAGGAGUAUCAUCUGUAAAUGCCUUUUUGGAGCCUGGGGAGUCUUCAAAUGUCACUCUCAUAACAAGCACAAUUGACUCAGUGACAUUGGUAGAAGUGGAAUACAGUUGUUCAAGUGGCAUGACUACUGUUACGUGGGACGUGGUGUUUGGUGCGGACAGCUACAGAGCUGUGGCGGUAGACGGCAACGGAACCGCGCUGAGCUGUACGUCCACAUCGACAAGCUGCCAGAUAACCAUGCUGCAGUGCGGCGAGGUGUACCUGGUCUCCGUCACCGCCAUCUCGUACGCCUGCGAGAGCACCUCAAACUACACAGCCUCCUUCCAAACAGUGCCUUGCCCACCUGUCGCACUUUCCCCAUAUCACGAAUGUGCCAGUAAUGUCAUCGUGUUUAGCUGGAAUGCCACCAACAUCACCAACUACUAUGUGGCCACAUCGCUGGAUGCCAACGGCCAGGUGGUGACGUGCCAGACCACGCAGACGUCCUGCUUCUUUACCAGCACCAGUUGUGGCCAGAGAUACAAGUUUGCGGUUUCCGCAGUGUCUGGGGCCUGCAACAGUGGCCCCAGCAAGCCCAUCUACCAGAGCACAGCUCCCUGUCUGCCAGUAAACGUGCAGACGUCGUCCGACUGCGACUCGGAUGUGCUCAUCAGCACCUGGGACUCGGCAGCGGGGGCACUCUCCUACACGGUGGAGGCACGGGGUAACCGCAACGACACCUACACCUGCAGCUCCCACACCAACAGCUGUGCCAUGGACGCCGUGAGGUGUGGUGAGGUGCUGAGCAUCUGGAUCACCGCCUCACACGACGAGUGCCCCACCGAAAGCGUACUGGGAGAGGUGGCCGAGACAGUGCCUUGCACCCCUCAGAACUUCACGCUGGUGGAGAGCUGCAAGGUGGACUCGGUCUCUCUGGACUGGGAGGCCAGCAAUGGUGCCAUCUUCUACAUCGGCAUGGCGGUGCACGCGGACGGCUCCCAACACUCCUGCGCGGCCAUGGACACACACUGCGACAUCCAGGGCCUGCGCUGUGGCACCACCUACGACACCUAUGUCAUCGCCACCAACAUCAAGUGCAACAGCUCCGAGACCCAGCAUGCCACAGCCACCACCGCCCCGUGCCCCCCGACCUCUGUGUUGGCGAUCCGGGACUGCGCUGCCAACCACGCCGUGGUGAUGUGGGAGAGCCACCUGAGUGGAGGCACCUACACGGCGGUGGUGCAGGACGGCGAGGGGCGGCGGCUGAACUGCAGUGACACGGGCAACCACUGCACCACCCCGGUGCUGGCGUGCGGACAGAACUACUCAGUCACGGUGCAGCACUUUGACGGGACGUGCAACAGCUACCCCUCCACCCCCAUAUAUAUGGAGUCCAUGCCAUGCGCUCCCCAGCAGCUGCGUGGUGACGUGAACUGUGACACGGGCGCCUUGACUGUGGCGUGGAACGUCACCAACGCCCUGUCAUCACAGAACUACUCUGCCACCAUCUCCACUGGAACAGGGCAGCGCAUCUCGUGUAACUCUACAGAGACGCAGUGCACUGUGGGAGAUCUGGAGUGCGGCCACUCCUACAUGGUGGCGGUGCAGUCUGUGCAAGGCACAUGCUACAGCCCACCUAGCCAGGAGAUAACUAUAGAGCAGGUGCCAUGUGUGCCCACUGGCGUGAAUGUCACACGUACCUGUGGGGAGAGCGCCAUAGCUGUGAUGUGGACCGCCAGCUCGGGGGCGCUGUACUACACCACUCAGGCCACCACUGACGGACACAACUCCAGCUGCAUGUCCAACAGCACCUCCUGCAGCAUCCCAGGUCUGCUGUGUGGACGCGUGUACAACGUCAGCGUGGCCGGAGCCAACGACAUCUGCACCAGCCAAUACAGCCAAGCAUUCACCCUGCAGACAGCCCCGUGUCCUCCAUCGUCCAUCUCAGCCUCGCUGGACUGUGAUGCCGAAGUGGCGCUAGUCUCCUGGGAUCCGCAGGGGGCGCUGGGCGUCACCUACCUGGUGAACGCGUCGGGCAGUGAGGGCGUGGUGUCCAUGUGCAGCUCCACCAGCUCCAACUGUUCCCUUAGUGGCCUGCCGUGUGGACAGAAGUACAACGUCACCGUCAGCGCCUCAGCUCAUGGCUGCGCCAGCGCCCCCAGUUAUCUGUACCCCCUCACGCAAGCCUCUUGCACGUCCACUCUGACGCAGGUGGACAUUCUGUGCCGGUCGGACUCGGCGCUGGUGUCAUGGUUUGGGUCGGUCGCGGGCGAGUACACGGCUACAGCAGAGGACGGCCAGGGCCGCAGGCUGAACUGCACCUCCACAAACACCUCCUGUGAGGUCAGCGGCCUGCGCUGCGGUCAGCUCUACACGUUCAGUGUGGCGGCGACAGGGUCGCAGUGCCAGAGCCCGCCCAGCAACACAAUGCAGAAAUACUCAGUUCCAUGUCUGCCUGAGAGUGUCCAGUCCUCCCUCCACUGUGAGAACGGCUCAGCCUCCGUGUCCUGGAGCCCAAGCUCUGGAGCCGUGUUCUACAUCGCCACUCUGGAGCGGCCAGACGGGCAGCAGUCCCUCUGCAACACCUCUGGCUCCAGCUGUGACUUCAGCGGCCUGCCCUGUGGACAGACCUACGCGGUGGCGGUGGCCGCCGAGGGACAAUCCUGCAACAGCUCUCAGAGCACAGGUCCACCUAUCAGGACAGCACCAUGUGUACCUGAGAAUGUCACAGCCAAUAUCAGUUGCAGCAGUAACAUAGCAACAGUAACUUGGGACAGUAGCCAUGGCGCAGUGGCUUAUACUGUGGUCGCAAAUGGUAAUGGUCACUCUGCUACCUGUAACUCAACCACACCGACGUGUGACCUUUCAACUCUGAACUGUGGACAGAAUUACACCAUCACAGUGUCUGCUGAACAUAGCAACUGCAGCAGUGGCAACAGCUCACCUGUGGAAAUCCACACAGUGCCAUGUGUACCAAGUGAUGUUAUGGCAUCAGUCCACUGCAUGUCCAACUCUACUAUGACGGUACAGUGGACUGAGAGUGCUGGAGGGGACACCUACACGGCCAUGCUAGAGGACAGUAAUGGCCAGUCUACCAGCUGCCAGUCCCUGGGCUCUCAGUGCAACGUCUCCGGGCUCCACUGUGGGCAGAUCUACCACGUGUCUGUGAUGGCGUCAGAUGAUCAGUGCAGCAGUGCUGCCAGCACAGACAUUGCCGUUCACUCAGAGCCCUGCGCUCUCACGGGCAUCGAGGCCAUCUUGGACUGCCAGCUGGGCACGGCUACUCUGUCCUGGCAGAACAGCGCUGGAGCCGUGUCCUACACUGCUGUGGCAGAGACGGCGUCGCUCGGACACAACGUGACGUGUGACACAAACGCCACCAACUGUGAGCUGGAUGCGCUGGUCUGUGGAGCGGAGUACGCUGUGGCAGUGGUUGCCCAUGGAGACACCUGCUGCACUUCCGCACAGAUGCCUGGAUACCUCAUCACAGAGCCCUGCACUCCUCUGAACCUGAGAGUGGACUACAGCCAGUCAGUCGCCCAGCUCCACUGGAACUCUACCCGGGGAGCCGUCAACUUCACCGCCGAGGCCGUGACCCCCCAGGGCCUGACCGCCAGCUGCAGCACCAACACCACCAGCUGUGCCCUCUCCGACAUGGCCUGUGGUCAGGUCUACAACGUCACCGUCACGGCACAAAACCAGGUGUGCCAGGACACGUCUGCGGUGUACCAGCUGAUGACAGAGCCCUGUGCUCCACAGAACGUCCAGUCCAGCAAUGACUGCGAGACAAACACCGGCACUGUUUCCUGGGAGCAGAGCCUGGGCGCCGUGGGAUACGCUGUCCUCCUGCAAGGGCAGAACGGCCAUCCGGCCUCCUGUGUUACCACGGAUACGUCCUGCAGCAUGGAGGGCCUGGUGUGUGGCACGGUGUACUCUGUGGGCGUCACGGCCAUUGGAUCAGAAUACAACAGCUCAAUGAGCAGUGGACCCAGCCUGAUGACAGCUCCCUGUCUGCCGGGGAACGUGACGGUCAGCGUGGACUGUGAUCAAGACAUGGCCGCGGUGCGCUGGAGUGGGAGCAUGGGGUCGGACAACCCACCGGGCCCCUGUGCUCCGACGUCUGUGUCCGUGGACCAGUCGUGUGGCUCCCUCAGUGCCACUCUGUCCUGGGCGGAGCAGGGCGGCGUGCAGCACUACACGGGCGCCGCCACCCAGGGCACCAGCGGACACGUGCAGACGUGCAACUCCGAUAACUCCAGCUGUGUGUUCCCCAGUCUGGCCUGCGGGGAGCGCUACACUUUCACCGUCACUGCCCACGGCCAGCUGUGCCCCAGUAACGCCAGCAGCGCGGUGGACAUCCAGACCGAGCCAUGCCAGCCUGUGAAUGUAACGGCCCGUGUGGCCUGCAACAAUGACACCGUGACACUGGACUGGGACAAUACCCCAGGGGCCUUGUCUUACAUCAUCAGUAUCUCUGGGCACCUGGGAUAUGUGGUGGACUUCAACAGCACAGAGUCCCAACUGGAGGCCACCCUCCCCUGUGGGCAGUCCUACAACGCCACUGUAACCCCACGGGACGACCGCUGUGACGGGCCACAGAGUGCCCUCAUGCAGUUCAAGACCGGCCCUUGUGUCCCAGCUCACGUUGACGCUUUCGUCCAGUGUGAGGAUCACACCGGCUCUGUCAGCUGGUCUUCCAGCGACGGGGCGCAGAUGUACACCGCCUUGGCAACAAGUAGUAAUGGUGACACCCACCAGUGUGUGACGAAUGACACGUUGUGCACCUGGAACGACCUUCAGUGUGGCGAGCGCUACAUCGUCACGGUGAUGGCUACUGAUGCCAACUGCUCCAGCCUUCCAAGCAACAGCUCUACCCUAUAUAUGGCUCCCUGCGCUCCCGUAAACGUGACAAACACGGUGGACUGCUCCACGGGUGUUGUCCUGGUCAUCUGGGACCACAGCCACGGCGCCGCCUCGUACACCGUGAGCGCCCAGGGCAGCGGCGGCUACGCGUCCACCUGCAACACGACCGGCACCAGCUGCCAGUUCAGCGACCUGCUCUGCGGCAUGACCUACGACAUCACUCUCAGCGCCCAAUCAGUCGACCAGACCUGUUCCAGCCAACUCAGCAGCCCCAUCAGCAUAGAUACUGUCCCCUGUGAGCCUCAGAAUGCCAGUGCCCAGCUGAACUGCACUACCCAUGGUGCACUAGUGUCCUGGGAGGCCGGCGACGGCUCUGAUAACUAUCUCGUGCAAGCUGUGGGUGACGACGGACACCAAGUAGGGUGCAACAGCUCAUCCAGCAGCUGCUCACUACCCAGCAUGCACUGCGGCCAGAGCUACAACGUCACCGUCACGGUGCUGGAUGGGGUGUGUGACAGUGUCCACUCCGAGUUCACUCUGCAGUCAGCCGCUUGUGCCCCAGGCAACAUUCAGACCAACCUACAGUGUGAUCAGGGCACAGCCACGGUGAGCUGGCAGCAGAGCAGCGGUGACAACCUGUACCUGGUUGUGGGCGAGGCAGCCAGUGGGCACAGGGCCACCUGCAACAGCAGCGCCACCUCCUGUGACCUGCAGGAACUGCAGUGCGGACAGACCUACAAUGUGUCAGUCUACUCGAUGGACAGUGCCUGCAGCAGCAUGGAGAGUAGUGUCACACAAGUUCAUACAGCUCCAUGUUCUCCAACAAACGUGUCUGGACAUCUGGACUGUGUGACCAACGCUGCAUGGGUGUCGUGGCAGGAGGCGCGGGGUGCCCACGGGUACACGGUGAUUGCCGUGGGCGAGGACAGGCACAACUCCUCCUGCACUACCACCGACAGCACCACCUGCUCCGUGCCUGACCUGGGCUGCAGUGGCCGCUACACCUUCCACGUGAUCGCCACGCACCACCACUGCACCAGCCCCCCCAGCCCGGCCAUUCAGAUGGAGACAGCCCCCUGUAACCUCUCCUCCAUUGUGGCUUUCCACGAGUGCCAUGCUGACCACAUCGAGGUGGUGUGGGAGUCCUCAGAUAUUGACCACCUGUACGCGGCCACGGCAGAGGCCAGUGACUACACGCUACUGUCCUGCAACAGCACCAGCUCCAGUUGCAACCUCACACAGGUGCGCUGCGGCAUGCACUACACCAUCGUGGUGACUGCGUCCUCCGAUACAUGCACGAGCCUCAGGAGCCCCCCCUACAGGAUUAGUACAGCUCCUUGUGCCCCUGUGAACAUCAGCGCUGAGAGGCUCUGUGAGUCCGACGGACUGUUUGUGUCCUGGAGCCCAUCACCGGUGGCCCAGUCCUACCAGCUGACUGCCACAGCAGGAGACGGAGACGUGCGCAGCUGCAACACCUCCCAGAGCAACUGCACCCUGACUGACCUCCACUGUGGCCAGGCCUACAGCCUCGCGCUCAGCGCCAGCCAUGAGAACUGCUCCAGCCAGCCCAGUCCCCCCGUCACCUUCAGCACAGUGCCCUGUCCACCUGAGAGCUUGUCUCUGGCGGUGGAGUGCGGUAACAGCUCUGCGGUACUGUCGUGGGGAGCGAGCACCGGCGCGGUGAGCUACACCGGCUGCGCCCAGGCAGAGAACAGCAGCAUGCUCUACUGUCACAGCUCAGAGGAGUCGUGCCUGAUGGAGGGCUUGGAGUGUGGGACCACCUACAACUUCACCGUCCAGGCCUCGGACGGCCAGUGCAACUCAUCGUUCAGUGAGCCGCUGACGGACGGACUAGUCCCUUGUGCUCCCGAGGGCCUGCAGGUCCAUCUCAGGUCCAUGAUAGACGACAGGCAGGUGCUUCGAGCCUCGUGGAGCGCCGUGGACUGCCCCGACGCCCAGUACCUGCUGGAAAUCUCUGGGAGCCUGUUGGGAGACCCGCAGAUGCUGUUCGAGUUCUCCUCCUACUGGACGAUCAGGAGCUUCUUCGAGAUCCCUGUCCCCUGCAGCUCCACGUACAACGUGGCGGUGAAGGCCAGGAGCUCUGCAGGCAUGAGCCCCGCAUCGGCUGCGGUCACUGGAGCCACAGCACCCUGCCCUCCUCUGACUGUGAAGUACACUGGCUCAAACGUGUCUGCCGUCGUCUCCUGGAAUGCCUCCGUGUUUGCCACCAAGUACAGCGUGUACGACGUGUCUGGCUCAGUCCCGGUUGAGAUCUGCAACACCACCGAUCUCUCCUGCACUGUGAACGGUGUCAACAGCGAGGGCAUCACAGUGACAGCCAGCAGCAACAUUGGGGAAAGCAACCCAGUCUCAGUCACACAUGCAGAGAUCCUACAGCGUAGAAGAAGAUCCCUUCACAGUGAUUUACCUGCCCCUGAGCUGACAGUAACCAAGGUGGGAACAGACUCCGUCCGGGUGGAGUGGACUCCAGUGCCUGGGGCAUCCCACUACACGCUGCGGGUCAGAGAGCCUCUCACUGCCCGUCCACUCAGGCCCGAAGUGAUGUCGGUCUACGGCGAGUCAUCGGGUGUGACCAACCUCAAGCCGGCUACAACCUACUGCUUCAGUGUGUCGGCCGUCAUGGACUCGCUCGCCAGCACCUUAUACUCAGAACCAGCCUGUGCCACGACUAGUGCUAGCAUCUAAGGCAGUUCUCCCAUUAUAUAAACUAUAGCCUGCUAGCAUACAAAGCUAAUGAGUGGUUGGGGACAGUACUCUCAAAUGAUUUUUGUAUGGGCUUUAUCAGGGCCAGUCACAUUUUAUGGGCAGAUGUAUUUUCUAACAACUUUCUAAUGAACUUUCAUGAAACGUUAUGGACGUAAAAUAUUUUGAAAUGAAACUUUCUGAUAAUCAAACCUACUAAAUGUGUGUUCCAUUUAUACAUCUUUGACAAGCUGUCUGUAAUUCAGGUCUUAUCUUUUUGUAUAUUAAAUUAAGAAAUUGUCAAGCACCUAAAUAUACAUAACAGCACAUUAGACUCUUGGGUGUAUAUGCAAAUAUUUUCUUUUGUGAACGCAUGAAUUUCAGUGUCUUUGAAAUGAUGAAUGCCAAAUGUACUAUAUUUUUCUAAGCCCAUAGGCAUUCCUGUGCACUUUAGUGAUACAGGUGCAGGUGAGGCAGAUAAGAAUAAUCCAAAAGUGAAUAAGUCACUGCACACUGAUCAACAUUAACAUAGAUUUUUUAUUUGGAGUGAAGGACGCAGUUCGCUAAGCACUUUAUCAGGUUCCAUGAAGUGCUUAGCGAAACGUGUUCGCUCCAAAUAAAAAACCUGUACUAUAUUUUCUAUUCCAGUGUGAAGACACCUCUUAUUUUGUAUAUUAACCAAUUAAACUAAAUGUAAAUAAACAUGAAAAACUUUCUACCACUUCCAAUGUCUGCAUACAAAUAGCACCAAAAAUCUGAUGCAUGUUUUGAAUGGCUCCCACUCACCAAGUUAUCGACUUGCUCUUCCAAAAAAGAGGCAAUUAAUAUUAUGUUAAUAUUAUUCAUGUCCACUUUAACAGACUAAUUUCCCCUUUCAUAAAAGUUUUUUUAUUAGAAAAAGAAAUGCCACAGAGCAAUGAACCAAACACAACACAAUUUCAGCACAGCUCAGUGCAUGGUACAAAUUUGUGGUCGCUCCGUACAAUUUAAAACAUUCUCAGAACUUUAUGUACAAAGCACAUCAGAGGAUUGUUG